AUGUCGACCACCGGGCAGCGCCUCUCCUCAGAGGCCACCACGAUCGGCGACAUGGAGGAGUAUGCGAAUCUCCAGAUUGUUUGCUCGGAUUAUACCAUUGAUAAUCUCAGGGAGGCAACUGUAGAAGUCACAGAGUUCAAUGGUACCAUGAUACGUCUCCUCGGCGAGCCCGCCGUAGCCCCCAAGGACACCGAAGACACCGAGCCCACCAAGUUGAGUACUCAGAGAGAGUCUUUCUACCAGUCUCUUUGGAGCCGAUCGAGCGAGCUGUUCAAUUCAUUGAUCCGACACCUUCAGCCCUGCACCGAUAGGCACGACAAGCAUCGAGCCAUGCUGCACCUCACCCAGCACCGGUUCUCGGCGGCGGAAUCAGACGCAAGGAAUAAUGAGAAGGAUCGGGGCUUUUGCGCAUACUACGCAGGGGAAUAUCUAGCCAUUCAGGUGGCCGACUCGAACUUCUCGGACGUAUCCGUCACUCUCCUCGACCAGAGACCGCCUCCGCCAUCUGCUGCACCCACGAAGUCACUCCUCGAGCUGUCGGGUGAUGGUGUGCUGAAGCCAGGCGGGAAGUUCUCUCCCAAACACAAAAAAGUCCUAGCCUGCGCUCUGUCGCACGCUCUCCUUUGCUUGCACGACAAGUCUGCAGGGCCCUGGUUACAGGCGUUCUGGAACUUGCGCAACGUUUUCUUUCUCCAAGAGAGCAACGGCCAUAUGGUCUUUUGGAAAGCUGCUCUUGGAGUUGGCGCGGGGGACGAGGUGAAGACACUGCUCGGCCCCCGGGAAGUCAACAUCUACAACCUGAAAGACCUGAAUGACGAGGACGCGCCAGAGGACCCCGGGGAGAGCUAUCGAGAAGUGGUUCGCAACUGCCUUAUGUUCCCCAAGAUUUGGAACGAGGAACAGAUACAAAGUGCGGGUGUGUCGGCUCAAGACGUCAUCUUCAGGCGCAUCGUCGAGCCGUUGAGAAAGGCCGUAGACGCCUUGGGGCCUGAAGCAUGGCGCCCGGCCAACCUGGAUCUCAAGGCGGGAGGAAUUCGUCUUGAGGACGCGGGAGCCUUGCCGGUAGGACUGUCCGUGCAAGGUAUUGAGCGCCCUGCGAAUAUCACGCUUUCACCAGGCACUCUAGGCCAGCUAGCAGCCAAACCUUCCAUCCACUUUGGCUUUGGCAGGUGCUUCACCUCCCAGAUACCAACCGAGUCGUCAAGCAGUAUUCAAGAAUUGGAACACACCAUCAAGGAACGGUUCCAACCUGGUGCAACAGACGAACGGAUCCGCAUUGCCGUUCUGGACACUGGCAUGGACGACGGCGAGUACGCAAAGAACGAGAACAAGGAGCUGAAGAAGCCACCGUGGAAACGGGUUGUGGCUCGCUCCAACUUUUGCGUCCCAAAGGAGGAGGAUCUAAACGCAAACACCCACGACCUCGACGGACACGGCACAAAGGUUGCCAGCAUCAUCUUGCGUCUUGCGGAGAAUGUUGAUUUGUAUAUUGCCCGCGUCUGUCGGGGUGCAGAUGUCGAGGAGGCAGACCGGAAUAAGGAUACGGAGUUUAAGGAUCCUGAGCCAGCGGUGGUUGCAAGGGCUAUUAACUGGGCUGUCGAGCAGAAAGUCCACGUCAUCAACCUCUCCUUAGGCUACCGCGAUGAACAAAAACAUCCCGGCAUCAGUGACCUCAGAACGGCCCUGGAGAGAGCGGUUAAACAACAAAUCCUCGUCUUUGCAGCUACGUCCAACGAGGGCCUCACGGCCGAUGUGACCUGGCCGGCAAAGAACCUGACAUAUGCUAUCGGGAUUCACUCCAGCACGGAUAAUGGCCGGCCGUCCGAGUUUAUCGGGAAGGCGUCCAACGAGGCCAAUCUCAUGGUCGUCGGGGAGAGGAUUCUUUCGUACGGGCGGCGAGGCGAGCCUCAGCUCUGCAGCGGCACGUUGUUCGCCACGCCCGUCGCGGCAGCCGUUGGCGCCAUGAUCCUGGCCUUUGUGGGACAGAGGCCUGUGAGGAGCAAGUCCAGAAUCUAGAGAGCGCCAACAGGGGCUGGGACUGGAAGGCAGUCCUCAGGACGAACCGUGGCAUGAGGAACGUGCUGGAAAGGAUUAGUGAGGCGGUGUCUAAUGAGGGCGGCACGUACUACCGGAUCAGCCAGAAGCUCCUCUGGGAGGAGUUCCACCUGGAGGAUGGGAGAGAACAU